AUCGGCUAUUUUAUCUACCUCAACAGGGUUAUUUAUUCUUAUUCAACCCACAGAAAAACGUCAUAAUUGCAGGGUUAGAAUUAAUUGAAUUGUACAGUCGAUAAUCGGAUUCAUAAAUAUUUUAAUACUUAUAUAUUGAACUAGAUAUUUUUAACCACAUUUAACACUGGACGGUCAAGCGCUCGGCAGCUUAUACCUGAAAUUGUUUUUAGGGACGGGACUUUUUAACAUGUGAAGUAUUAACUUCAAUUUACUAGUUGUUAAAUUUGUAAACAGUAAGUUCAGAAGUAAAGGGUAUAUAUAGUAGAAGGAAAUAGCAGACGACAGUAUGGAAGUGCAAAUGAGAAAUGACGUUACACUAAGAGAAGAAUAUUUAUUGAAAAUCUGGGAUAAUUACAUCCAAGACAAUCUGGUGGAAUCAACGCCAUGUAAAGCUGCAAUAUAUGAUUUUAGGACACGGAGACUCAUUGUCGCUAGCGACAAAUUUUAUCUGCUAGAAAAUGAGGUUUACAACCUAUCGGAAGGUAUGAAAUAUCCGGAUACCGUUUACCGUGACGGAAUCACCGUUCAGAACCGGCAUUAUACGGUACGCUUAGCGGACGGUAAAAACGGAAUUUACGCAACUGACGGCGGAGACGGUUGUACCGUGUGUAAAACGGUAACUCUAAUGAUAGUUGGUGUCCAUGAUUGUCGUGUGAAAAGCGACGUUUGCAAUGCGGAAAUUAUGAAACUUGGUGAUUAUUUCAGAAAAUUGGGAUUAUAGUUUAGUGCUAUGCAAUUAAUUGAAAUUUCAUGACCAGACAGUUAGGUUUAUUGGUAUGAUGGGAAAUUUCAAACAAUUCAUUUGAAUAACAGCGACCCAAACACGCAUAAACGACAUGUACUUGUGAUUCAAAAACAGAAAUACUUCAUACUACAUACUGUCAAGAAUUUACAAUUUUAUUUAUAUAAAUCAAUCGAACACUUACAAUCGCAAAGUCUUCGUCGAUAUUCUCGAUUUACAGUAGAAAGCUUUCUUUAUAUUGCCUACAUAAACAAUUUUCAAUUGAAUGUCUCCCAAGGCUUUUAAAUUGCAUUUAUAAUUGUAUUUGUGUUCUAACAACGCUGAAGUAUAAAAUUAAAUAUUGCUCCAACUUAA